AAUGAAGCCGGGAUACGUGUUCAGCGAGCAGUUCUCGUUUCAUUGAAAAGCUCUGGUAGUGUAUUUAUCAAUAUGCUGUGGGUCGGUUUGGUUUAGCCAGUCAGUGUAACGCGGUGGGGAGCCUCGUUUGGAGUGUGUAAAGAUGAAUACGGCCUUUGCAGUGAGUUUGGUGUUUGCUGGGUGCUGCAGUAAUGUUGUGUUUCUGGAACUUUUGGUGAGGAAAUUCCCAGGAUGUGGAAACAUCGUCACGUUCGCCCAGUUUGCCUUUAUUGCCCUUGAAGGCUUCGUCUUCCAAACGAAUUUUGGACGCAAGAAACCUGCCAUACCUAUCAGUAACUAUGUGAUAAUGGUGACCAUGUUCUUCACUGUAAGUGUGAUCAACAACUACGCCCUGAACUUCAACAUCGCAAUGCCCCUGCACAUGAUCUUCAGAUCUGGCUCAUUAAUAGCCAACAUGAUAUUGGGUAUCAUCAUAUUGAAAAAAAGGUAUUCAGCAAGCAAAUACCUUUCCAUAGUUCUGGUAUCGAUAGGCAUUUUUAUCUGCACGAUCAUGUCUGCAAAACAAGUGAGUGCACAAAAGGGUUCUACAGAAGAGGACGGAGUUUAUACUUUCCUACAGUGGCUUGUAGGUAUUUGCAUGCUGACAUUUGCGCUGCUAAUGUCGGCAAGAAUGGGCAUUUUUCAAGAGACUCUGUACAAGCAGUAUGGAAAGCACUCUAAAGAGGCUCUCUUCUACAAUCAUUGUCUUCCAUUGCCAGGGUUUCUGCUGCUCUCAACUAACAUCUAUAACCAUGCGAUAUUCUUCAGUCAAAGCACUCCUGUGGAAAUCCCUGUGAUUGGUCAACAUGUACCAGUAAUGUGGGUUUAUUUACUGAUGAAUGUAAUUACACAAUAUGUAUGCAUUCGGGGUGUGUUCAUUCUGACCACCGAGUGUACGUCCCUAACUGUAACGCUGGUAGUGACGCUCCGUAAGUUCCUGAGCCUCAUCAUCUCUAUCCUGUACUUCCAGAACCCAUUCACAGUCUGGCAUUGGGUGGGCACAGCGGUGGUCUUCUUGGGCACAUUGCUAUACACAGAGGUGUGGACCAGCAUCCGAACUGCAAUGAAAGGAGACAAACUAGAAAAGAAAGCAGAGUAAAGAAAAAGAUUAAUAUAAACAGGAUACCUCCUCUAGAGUGUGUGUGAGAAUCUGUUUGUGUCGGCAGUAAAGUUUCACUGCUCUGAAAGUAUGCCUGCUAUCGUGUAAAUAGGUCAGGACUGUAGAAAGGUGUGUAGUCUGGCUUUGUGUGUAGAGUCUGAUUGAUCGCUUACUCCACGGCCUUUUUUCCACUGCUAAAAUGGGACCAAGGCUGUGUUUCAGAGGAAGGAACAGAACUAAGCUUUGCUCUUAUUACCAGUUGUGUGAGAGGACUACGAAAGGUAAAACAAAACAAUUUCCAAAAUCCACUACAGUAGAUCUGCCACCAGUAACAAAUUUUUGUUUAGGCACUGUAUGGUCCCAAAAAUAAUUGCGGUAAAAAGUAUUUUUGUCCUUUUAAGGUAAUUUUAUGCCUCUGAUCUAACGAUAAAAUAAUAGCAAUAAACUUUUAGCUAUUGUGAAUAUUUAGACAAUGGAAAUAUAAAUUAAUAAAACUGUUUUUUGAACAUACCGGCCCAUUUGCAUUGAUGGGCUCAUGUUGCUAAAAAAAACAUAAUGGGCAAUUUAAAGAUCAGCAAAAAAUUAUUAAGAUUUUAUCCAUAUAUUGUACAAUAAGUCAGUAACUCAAUUAUUUUGACAGGCCUACGCUUCAUUAUUGAUCAUUUUAGGGGAGAUACGCAAAAUGUAUGAUACUUAAUGGCAAACAGUUAGUCGUGGCUGGUUGGUAGUUUGUCAAUAUGUUAAUGGUUAUUUAGGGCUUUUAUUAAAGAGUAUACAAUAAUGGUGGUGAUUGAUUGCUCUGCUGGUAUAAAUUAAGAACAUGUAGAGUAGCCUACAUGUUGACAUGUUUCUACUUUUAUUUGUGAUUUAUUUUAACUGACAGGGCAGUUUGUAUGUUAGACUGUCUUUUACUUAAGAAAAUGAGUACUUCUUUUUUAAAUUAAGGGCCAAGAUUUUGGUCUGGCAUUUCUUUUAAAAUUUGAUUUAUAAAUCAUAAUUUUUGAAUCAUCAUUUUGAAGACUUCAUGUACUGUAUAUUUUUGUAUUUGGUCCUCUCAGGAUGUUGUUUUUACACUAUGAAGCUCAACUGACAAAGAGCUUUGGCAUCUCGUCUCAUUGCACUGCUCCCCAUAUUAUGUUGUUCACUUUUCCACAUUCUCUGUUAUUAAAUUUAAAAUGGUGUGUUUCUUAAUCUA